UCCACGACCCUCUUCUUCCAGUCCAGCCGCCGCCAUGGAUGAACCCUCCUCUGCAUUGACAACCUCGUCCAUCAAGCUGCCCACAAAUGAUGAGCUGCUGGUCAAGGGCUUUCCUCCGCAAUCUCCUAUCUGUGUCACCAUCAGCAAGCAAUUCAUUCUUGAACAAGCAAUUGAAAGAAUUGGUGGCACAAUCCAUCCAUUCACUUUCACCGACAUAGGCAGUGACGAUGUGGGUAUCUCUGUCUCUAAUGACCUGCCCCCGCACAGCAAAAGACUGUCAAGCACAACAAAGGAAUUUCAUGGACCAUGCAUUGAAUCUACGUGUGUUGCCGCCCUUGGAUACCUUCAGAAAACAGGUAUAAUCACGGUAGAUGAUGCAAAUUUCGCGAAGUUGAAAAAAUGCAAUAGAAAACUUCAGGUUGAGGAGUUCUGGUCGUCGGCGCUCUACGAUCAGGCCAGCGCCCUGCGUAACCAACUCUCUUCACUGACCGCAAUCAACCAGGGUCCUCAACCUAAGCCUAAACAAGAAGCUAAUGUGCUACCUUCUACGCACAAGAAUACUCCACGGGCCAAUUACCAAAUCAUGCUGUCCGAGGAUACCAGUGAAGAAGAAAGUGCAUCAACCCCGGUCACAGCAAAUACUAAUAGCAUCUAUCGUCUACCUUCUAAAAGUAACAAGAAGAUGAGGACCGCACGCCGAGCACUAUUCCCUGGAAAAUAGAGCAGCACACACGCCAUUGCAGGCUCCCAUCAUUACAACAACACGAUGGAAUAAGCCAUUCUCCGAGUCUACGUUGCAUUGAACCUUGCCAGAUUCAGGACCCGUCGCUUUUGUCAUACACGCAGCUUGAUCUUGCAGCUGUAUAGCACUAUGUAUAAAUGCAUGAAACCCUCUGUUAUGCUACUCCGGAUUAGAUGCAAAUUACAUGCUUUUGUACCUCCCCACGUCGAACGAAGGCAGUUCACAUUCAAGCUUUAUUGCCCCUGAACAAUUAACAUUAUAAUC